AUUGGUUUCUUUGUGCUCUGUAUAGUCUUUUCUUAUCAAUUCUUUCAUCAUUAUAAUACAGUACAUUGCUGCAUCUGUAAUGCCUCAUUUGGGGUUAAUGUUUUUAUCAAGAUUAGCAUUUUAUUUCAGCCAAAUUAUAAUAACUUUCAUUUGCACUUUAUUUUGAAGUUUUGCCAUGCUUACUUUUAUUAAGUUUCAUUGUCACGUUGGUUUUAAUAUGUGUUUUAAUACAGUUGUUUGCUUAGUGCAUUUAGCACCAGUAAUAUGUGAAGAAAUAUACUGAAACAAAUGACAUCAUUACAAUAUACAUAGUGCCAUUAAUAGCGACUAUACUGCCGGUACAUGAGCCGUGAUGUUAAAUGCAACAAAAGGAAGUCCAUUAAUGAGUUUGGAGUCUGUGUUCUUGUAGUUCAUAAUGCAAUGCAAAUUACAUAACUAUAAAACUUUACUUAAUUAAAUUGGACUUGUUUACCUUACGUGACAAAAAUACCAAUUGCAGCAUAAAUCAAUAAAUUCUACUCUGACAUGGUCCUAAUAUAAAAAAUAUCCUUCCAGCUAAAUGCAUUUUUUAAUGUGCCCUGUCUUGAAUAAGAGUUUGUUUGUCCCAUAUAGUAUUUAUUCCCAGGGAAUGGAAAGUCAUAAUUGCAAUCCCCUGUCACAGACACGCAUGCCCCCUAUAUAUUUUCCAUGUGCAUCUCAUUAAUUGUGCAGUUUUAUGGUAAUAUGGCCUCAUUCCAAAGAUAAUUUGAGGGAUCCUUCAAAGGCUUCCGUUCUUGGACCGGGUCUGAGGUCUGUGGGGAUGGACCGGAAGGAGACUUAAUUUUACACAUGCAAAGUUAACUAUGGAACUUCAAUAGAGAACUUUACCUUUGGGAGUGUGCACUAUUAUAACGACAUGAGCAAUGUUCUAGAUACAUCUUUGCUUUCCUUAUAUUGCACUGAUCCUUAGAUCCUGUCUGUAUUUCCAGGAAGGCAUAGGAGGGGUUAUUAUAGGUAAGCUGCUGAAUGCUGUAGUAUAUACAUUAAUGUUUAUUCAUUUUCCAAAAGCUUUUAUCCAAAGUGAAACCAUGAAAAUGGAAUUUGCAUAAAAUAGUCAAUGUCAACUUUUUUUCAAUAUGACAAAUUCAAUUUAUGUGAAAUUUUAUGUGAAAGUUGCUUAGAUCAUUGUCUUCAAGAGGGAGGUUGGCACACACAGAGAAUGUCCUUCUGCAAGCCUGCCUUUAUUCUGGAUGAGUGCACAAAGCAGUGAGCUGUAAAUUACAGUAUUCACUCUAAGUCACGACUCUUUCAAAUACCCUAUUAGAUUGCAGACUGAUAGCUUUGUGACCCCAUCAUGCCAUGUUUCACCUUACAGUUCAUAUGAUUUUCUGGUUUUCUUUGUGUCGUGACCAAAAUCUGCUUUCCUAAUUCCAUUUACCUGUCUGAAGACACUGAAGGAGCUGUGUGAGCGUCUGACGCUGUCUAGCUCCUCCCUGCUGUCCUUUACUAAGCGACAAUGAUUGAGCGAACUGCCUGGUGAUAGCUAAAUGAAUAAAGACGUGCCCUUUGCUUCCAUAAACUUCCCUAAUUAACUGUGGCACUGACAUCUGCUUAGUAAAAUACAAUAAAACAGGGCUAGGUUUGUGUGUGCCUCACUUCUGAAAAACUCUGGGAAUUGAUUUAUGUCAUAUGAAGGUCAAGCUGAGAGAAUUACUAGAAUCUCUUAUGUGGGUUCAAAUGCUUUUCUGAUUUCUUGACUUACAGAAUAGAUUUUCAUGAUGUGGAAGAGACUAAUAAAGGCUGAUAAAAGAGCACAAAAACAUGAAAGCAUACAAAAUCUGUUGCAAUUGUGUGACCGUUUAUCUCACAAGGAAAUGACAUCACAUGUUGAGUGCAUGGUCGCCUCGUCCCUCCAUAUUAAACUGCAAAGACAACACAGGACAAAAGCAGCGGAGUCCAUGAGCCAGCAUGCUGAUAGACUUCCCCCGUUCCCCACGCCGGUGUCUAAUCUGCAUGCAGACAUCUUCUUUGUGGAUAUUUGGAUUUCCUCACCAUAGCAACAGAGCUGCAAAACCGUGUUGUACAACCUCUCAUCAGACACAGUCGUGCCUAGGCAUCGCACGCCGUGCGGGAGCCAGACGAAAGGGAGAUAAGAAGAGGAAAAAGAGAGAGGACAAGAGGACACCGCUGCCUCGCACCUAAUUCUCUGUGGGAAUUCUCCUCAUUAGGACCAUGACAGCUCAGUUACAACGGCUCCGAAGUGCCAAGGAUCAUGUUCACAGCCGCCGGUCGAGCAAUCAUUCCUGCGCUCAGCUGAGGGACAAAUGGAGGGAUGCAACAAUUUCACUCUUUGCUCACCAUGACAGAGCCUCUCUUUGCUGAAUCCUUUUGUGUCAGACCGCAGACUUCGAUCAAGCGCGGGUUAAUUGCGAGAGAGCGGCUGGAAGAUCCCCCCUCCUCUUCCACGCUGCCAAUCUGUUCGUGCCUCUGAUUUUCCACUCAUUCUGCUCUCUGGUCUCUGUUUACCUCUGUCUACUGCUUUCUCCACCCCUUUCCCUCAGUCUCUCAUGCUUUCACACUCCCUCCCACAGCUUGCUAUCUCUCCUCCCCUCGUGCCUUCAAAGCCAGCAGUCUGCUCGUCACUCCAGGGCUGCUUGCUACAUGAUCUCUCGGAAAACAGCGUCUGCAUCUUGCUCAAGCCGCUCCAUGUGCAAGCCUUAAGAUUUCUUGUCCAGGAAGGCAGGAUGCUCCUGCGCUGGCACUGAUUCUCUGCUCGAUUUUCCCUUCCCCUCCCCUUUCCUGAUCUCCUGCCCUCUGACCCUCAUCCCUCUACCCCUGACCCUAUUCCCUCUCUUUCCCCCCUCUUUCUUGACCAUGUUGCCAUGUGUCUACCGGCUCCAGCCUGUCCUUGCCUUGCUCUUCUUCACUUUGUUCACUCAAGGGGAAAACUGUCCAGUAACCUGCCUUUGCCCAGACCCUCACACUGUGGACUGUAGCGGGCGCGGACUUAUCCGUCUUCCAGACGAGAUCCCCUUGGACGUGCGGAGGCUGCUGUUGGCGAACAACUGGAUCCCACGGAUUCCUUCGGAUUUCCUUGUGCUCUACAGUGACCUGGUCUACCUGGACCUCCGCAACAACUCGCUCUCAUACAUCGAGCCAGGCACCCUUAGCACUUCCUCCAGGCUGGUUUUCCUGGACCUCGGUUGCAAUAACCUGACCGAGAUCCCCAAAGGGACUUUUGGGGAGUCGAGGAGCUUAAUUAAGUUGCGCUUGGGCAACAACCCGCAUUUGAGCAUGGUCAACGAAGAUGCUUUCAUGGGUCUUACCUCCUUGCGUGAACUAGAACUAGAACGCAAUGCCCUGUCUGGGCUACAGGUGGGUGCCCUGAACCAGCUGCCGUCUCUCAGGGUGGUAAGGUUAGAGGGCAACCCUUGGGUGUGCAACUGCAACUUUGCCAACCUGUUCACCUGGCUGGUGGAAAACAGUCACAAGCUUCCCAAUGGUAUAGAGGGUAUGGAGUGUUCCUUGCCCACCGACGGACGCCGCGUGCCUCUCAGCCAGCUCUCCCAGGACAGUUUUCGGGAGUGCCAACUCACCCUCACCCUCACUGAUUUCCUCAUCAUCAUCUUCUCGGGCAUCUCCGUCUCAGUGGCCGCCAUCAUGGCCAGCUUCUUCCUGGCGUCCACCGUCCACUGUUUUCAGCGCUGGAGCAAGGGCACUAAAGGAGACGAGGAGGAGAGUGAAGAAUGAGGAGGGGGUUUAGGCUGAACGACCUUCAAUCUGAUUCAGAGCUGCCAGUUCCUGACAGUUCCAGAGUUCAAACAAACAGCGUGACUGAACAGACACCAGGUAGAACUCGAGCAGAAAUAACCUGACUGAUAGUAUCAGCACUAAUAAAGUGACUAGUACGGACGCAGUGCCCUCAGAAUUGAAGGAUAUUUGGUAUGAAAGCAAGCCUUAGUAUGCAAACUUCCAGGGAUUUACUUGUUAAAGGAAAUUCUUUGAGAUCUUGUUCUGCAGUAGAGUUUCAGUGUUGUUGAACACUCGUGUCUGUAGAGUUUCCCUACAUGUAGUCAAUAUAAAGUUAGCAAAAUAUAACUGUGCUACUUGUUGAUUGUGCCAAAUUAGCACAGGUAGACAGCAAUGGUUCAGACAAGCACUGAUGAUCCAUGGUGAGGAAUUAUCACUAUAGAAAGUCAUGUUGCAGCUUUAUACAGCCAAGUAUACAUGAUAGAAGCCAUUUUCCUUCAGGUUGGAAAGGAUGGGAAAAAUAACUUAGACUGAAGAGAGAUUUCAGAAAGCAUUACCUGUAAUUGAAAGUAUAGCGCUUAAUGUGAAUAGUCGUGUCAAAUACCGCACUUUAAAAUGGUCCUACCUGACAUUGUCCCUCAAACCACCAGGUACACUGGUUCAGCCCAGAUCUGCCAAAGAAUGCUUUGACUGAGGGACUGAGGUUAAUGUGUUUUGAAAUAUAGAUUUAUUUUUCUUUAAAGAAAGUUUGUGAUUUUAGCAAGAUUACAUUUAUUUAGCGUAAUUAUGGUACUACUCACAUAUAAUGAUAUCCUUAAUGUGACUAAAGACAAUAUCUAUGAGAUGGAGAUAAGUUUAUUCUACAAAUGUCAUUGUGUUAUUCAAUUAUUUAUGUCUUAAAAGUAUAUUUAAAAAUGCGUACAGUGGGCCCAAAAUGUAUUUGGGCAUUCAAGUCAGACACUGCAAUACAUAACAAAAUAAUGAACCAAGCAAAAGAUGCCUGUUUGGUUUAAAUAAAAUAAAAAAACAAUGAAUUAUAUGAUAUUAUCAAAAAUGUAAAUUGAAUUAAAUACAUGCACAAUGAAAAAAAAGAAAAGAAAAGGUAAAAUGAAAUUGCAAAAAUGUCCCAGAAAAGUGACAUUUGGACUGACAAAAGGUUCUGCAUUCUUCAUUUGCUGAUGUCACAAUUUCUUUUUAACAACAAAAUUAUUUUCGUACAUUUUUAGAUGCCACUUAAGUGUCCAAAUAUGUUUUGAGGCCACUGUAUGUUCACGUGUCUACAGAUUGCUGUCUAGUGUCGACUAAUAAUAAUACAGUGUGUAACUAACUGGCAUACAUUUCUGUUCAUAAUGUCAAUUCCAUCAAUUCCAAGAAAAUUAUUUUGUCAAUAGAGCGUAUGGGGAAAUGAUUUUCGAAUGUCAGAAAAAGACAUUUGAUUGUUUGUGUUUUCCUUUAUGAAUAUUUCUAUCAGUCUUGCUUCUUUCAUGUCCUUAUUUUAAAAGGGCUUCAUAUAGAAUUAGAUUAAUGUCUUCUGCACAAUUUCAAGAAUCACGUUCAUUAAUAUCCUAAUAUAUCACUAUCCUCUGUUCCAUUGUUGCUGUUGGCAGAUGCUCUGGAUGUACUAUUUAGAGAAUAUAGUAUAGCUCUUUUUCCCAGACAGGUAUCACAACUUCAUUUUUGCAGUGCAUGAAUAAUUAAUUGGAUGUGUGAAAUGAAGCAGACAGUGUGCUUGCCUUCAAAAAUGUUGGGGAUGGAAAAAGAAAUCAUUAUGAUUCAAAGACCAUCUUAUUUUAAAAGAAUUCUAUUCUGCUCACUCAACCUCAGCCAUCAUAUUGUGUUGGAUGUAAGAAGCACGAAUGCAUAUUAAUAUAAUGUAAAUAUUCUGGUGUCAGGACACGGUUGACCCAUAUGCACAAACUUUCAAAGCUAGACUGUAGCAUGAUAUCAUCAGCAGAACUCAAACCUGCAGCUAUAAAAUUGUCAUAUUGAAUUUUUUUUUUUUUCACAUACAGUAUAUUCUGAAAUAGCUUUUCAGUCAACCAGUAAAAAACAAAACAAAAAAACAACUACUUUGUAUUUGCAAGUGAAAUGAGGCAUUAUCAUUAAAAAAAAAAAUUCAAAUUGUAAACUAAUAUUAUAGACACUUACUAUGCCAUGACAAUAGAGCUGUUCAGUCAUGACGUCAAUUUGUUUGCAGACAUCUGCAUGGCUUCCCGUUAGAAUUUCGAAUGUUUUUUUUAAAUUGUGUUAUGAAUAAAACAAGAAAUAUAAAGUAAUAACAAUAUUGAGAGUAAGCUAUAUGAAUAGACAUCAGUGUUUACAGUCAAAUCUCAAAUGAAAAAAAAAAAAAAAUGGUUGAUACAAGGAGAAUUAGUUGUAAAUUAAGCAUCUUAUUUUAAAUUGUCAACUCGUAAAUCAAAAACUGCCAACUUGUUUGAAAUUCCUGAGGGAACUCAUGACCUGAAAGUUUUUAGUGCUACAAACAGAACAGCAGCUGAUUUUACACGGAUCAGUUGAAUAAUGACAUUUGCAAUGACAAAAUGCAUCAAAUUUCCAUAAUCAGUACUUUCCUUCAUUGUCUACAACAACAAGUAAAAUAUGGCGAGUUCAUUGCUGUACCGUCUGUUUCUGAAUUCAGUAUGUGUCGUUUGAAAAGAGCCCAGAGCUCCCAGCAUCAGUCAUAUCCUGUGUCAUAACUGUCACACUGAGCGAUGUAGUAAAGAUGUGUGUUGCAUAAUAACUUGGAGUAUAUUUGUUCUCCGUCUUAACUGAACACUACAUAUACCUAGAAAACCAACUACUAUGUAGUUACAGUACAAAGAAAGGGAAAACAAUUUAUGAUUUUAUUUUUCCUGCAUAACCCAAUGGCAACAUCAUCCAGUACUUUGUUUUUUUCAUAUGGCAGUGCACUGUUGAUGAAAUACAAUAUCAUAUUAAACAGUAAACUAUUUUCGACUGAUCUUUUAUUUCUUUGCAUUGAUUUUGUUCAUUUUUCUUACCAAUCCUUUAAGUAGCAAUGUCCAGCUCUGUAAAACAGACAUGUUUGAGUGUUACUUUUCCACAUAAAGCUUGACUAGACAUGUAUCCUUGACUAGACAUCCAUCUAAUGGAUUUUGUCGUUUUACGGACAAUGAAUGUGAAACUGGGUUCUAAACACUAAGGAGACACCGCACUAUCUAAUUUCACGCCCCAGUAUUAACGCUUGUGACGUCCACGGGUGAUAAUUAACUGUCAGGUCAUGUCUGCAAUCUGUCAGGACCACAGAUAACUUCUCAGGGGCUUAAGCUCUAGAUAACAGCAUGUUUGGCCAGAUAUUUUU